AUGCCCGUCGACACCGCGGCCGACACCUCGGGUGGCAGCGCCGUCACCGCGGAGGGCGGCGGAGGCGGCGAGGGCGGCGUGGCGGGCGGCGUGGGCGGUGCGACGAGCUCGGGCGGGUUGUGGAACAUGGACGCCGUCAGGGACCUCAGGCACACGACGGCCCUGCUCGACGCCGCCGGCGUCCGCUUUGCGACCGCGCCCGCAUCAGAGCGCCUGCCAGGCGGGAUCGACCCCGGCCGCUUCCCGAUGCUCGCGCGCGCUACUUCCCAGCGUGCUGACUUCCCGCCUAUUGGGUGCGAGGACUGCCACUGGGAGGCGGUCGACCUAGACUCGUCCGGUGACUGUGUGGUCGCGGCGUGCGCCUGGGAGCUGCGCAGACUGCUGCCCGAGGCCCUGCUGGCUGCGCACGGGCUGCUAACCCUCGGCGCCUCCUGGGACGCCAAGCUCGCGAGUGGCAAGCUGCGCCUCGCCGUGGCGCGCCACCUGGCCAUGCCCGAGGUGCUGCGCCGAGUCGUCCGCCGGCCACACGACACCGUCGACGCACGGACCCUCGGCACAGUGGAGCAGCUGCUGCUGUCGGUGCACAGGUCUCGGGCCCUAGCCGCCGACACUGACGCACGUGAUCUCGCGGCUUUCCUCGCUGGCGUUCGAGGCGACGCAUACGGGUGUGACGGGUUCCUGCUUGGCGUGGCCGACCUCUUUGGCACGCCGAUUGUCGUCGACUCUAUCACUCGGGAGGGCGCGCGCUGCAUGCCGCAGUUCAUCUGGCCGACAGAGUCGAGUCAGCCGCAGUACGUGCUCCAUUUGUUCCUGCAGCAUGACAGCCACUGCGCUGCCAUCGUCAGGAUCACCGCCUCAGAGGGCGGGCUAGGCAUCCGUCGCCUCAGGCCGACCUCUGGGAAGGGCGGGGCGGCGGGCUCGCAGCCUGGGAGCGCGGGGCCUAGCUCGGCUCCCGCCUCGCGGGGCGGCCGAGCCGAUGAUAUGGACGGCGGCGAUGGUGGUGGCGGCGACGACGGCGACGGCGACGGCGACAGCAGCGGGGACGACGGCAGCGACGGCGGCGGCGGUGGUGGCGGCGGCGGCGGCGGCGGCGGCGGGGACGGCGGCGGCGGGGACGGCGACGACGGCGGCGACGACGGCGGUGGUGAUGGCGGCGGCGAGAAGCCGACCGCCUUCCGCCCGUCCGGAGUGCCGGAGGUCCGAUGCCCUCACUACUCGCUCUCCGACCCGACGGUCACCACCGGCUGCUCCCGCUGCCUUCCGUCUUGGGCUGGCCCACGCGGAUUUGGGCUCGCCGACUCAGCCCUCUCGUUCGCUGCCCUGGCGCGGCACUGCAACAAGGAGGCGGGCUCGCACGUGCCGGGCGAGGAUCUCUUUGAGUCGGACUGCUACGACAUGGGCGUGGCUCGGUGCCCUGUUCCUAACUGCGGCAAGUGGUACGCGACCGUGGGCAGCAAGUGCGGGCUCUACCAGCACCUCGUCAAGUGCGACCCAAAGUACCGCGGCGAGACAGGCGACCAGCGGUGGCAGGGCGGGAGGGAGGGGUUCAUGCGGCAUCUUCAGCAGCAGGCCGAGGUCGGCUCCCCCGCCCACUACUUCCGCACUGUCUGCUACGGCGCGCGCAAGGAUCGAACGCCGGACCGCAUGCGGGGCAGGCACACGGAUUGGCUGGCUGCGGUCGCAAAGGCGAGGGCCAAGAGGGCAGCGGGCGACGACGGGAGCUCCGCCGCCACCAGCGCCGAAGCACGCCGACGCGCCAAGGUCUCGUCCGACGCAGCGCGCAAGGCGGCGUUCCACGCCCGCGGCUCGCAAUACUUCAUCUCGAGCCCCGGCGUCAGAUACUCCUACGAGUGGCUCCGCCCCUGGGCCAACCACCCACGCCUUCUCGCGCAGCUGGACACCGUCCGUCGCCGCCGCCCACCGAAGAGAGCGCGUCGGGAGUACUACGGCAUGCUCUACCACGGCGCCACGCUCCUGCGCGAUCACAUCAACACCCCGGACGCGGGGCUCUACGUCGCCUUCCAGAUCCUAUCCAAGAUGGUAACCAUCAACCAUCUCCGCGAGGGCGGUAAGGAGCGGACCAAGUCGGAGAUGCUCGGGCGCGUCCGGAUGGUCAUGACAGGCGGCCUGGAGCAGCUGGUCGCCGAGAUGGUGCGAGAGGCUUCCGACGCCGCCGCUGCCAAGCGAGAGAGGGAGGCGGCGGCGCGCGCCUCCGAGCUCGAGCGCCAGGGUGGCAGCGGGGCGGCUGCGGACGCUGCUGCAGCCAUGAGGCGGGGAGCGCACGCUCCGUCCGGGGGGGGGGAGGAGGCAGAGGCGGAGGCGGGCGAGGAAGAGGGAGAGGGGGCGAGCGAGUCGAGCCGCGACGAGCGUCUCCUCGCCACCGUCCUCGGCCUCGCCGGAGCAGGCUACCUCUCCAAGGCCUGCGCCCGCUUCUCGACCAACCCCGUCGCCGAGACGGGCGUGUACGACGACACGCAGCCCGGCGGCGGCCUGACAGCGGACCAGGCGCUGGUUCGAGACACGCUUCGCGACCUCCACCCGCAGUCCACCGCGGUCUCGGAUGACGACAUGCGGCCUGCCCAGGGCGCCGGCGGCGCCGUCACACGCUACUCGACCUCCAGCAAGGAGUACCGGGACGCAUUCUGGGAGGUGUUCCACUCGGUGCCCAAGGCGCGGGCCAUGUCCGUCGACGGCGUGAGCUAUGAGGAGCUAGAGUUCCUGUACUACGGCGGGGCGGACACGAGGGAAGUGCUCUUCGACAUCGUCGCCUCCAUCAACCGCGGCGAGGUGCACGAGUCGGCCACAAAGAUUUGGGGCGACCUCAACCUCCUCGGCAUCGAGAAGAGAGACGACGACGGAAACCUCACCGGCACCCGUCCCAUCGGCAUUCCCGCCGCGAUCCGCCGCCUCGCCAACCGCGUGCUCAUGAAGCAUCGCAGCGCCGACAUGUGCGACCUCUUCACCGGCGGCACGCCCGACAUGAGACGCACGGUCCGCGACGGCAUGCGCGAGAUCUGCCUCCGCCCCACCGAGGACGGCGGGCUCGGCAUGUCGGCGGAGGAGGCGGAGGCGCGCGUCAAGGCGUGCAACAUCCCCCUGCAGGUCGGCGUGGGACUCGCUGGCGGAGCCGAGGUGGCGAUCCAGCUGCUGCAGGAGCAUCUGCGGCGCAACCCCGGCCACGCGAUCGCCUCGGACGACAAGCGCAACGGCUUCAACUGCAUCUCUCGCAAGGCCAUCUUUGCGGGCCUGCGGCGGUGGUUCCCGGAGCUCAUCCCGACCGUCGCGCUGUGGUAUAGCGAGCAGCGCCGCCUCUUUCUCUUCAACGCGGAGGCGCGGUCAGUCAACUUCUCCUCUUCGGUCGCGUGGUCAAACACGGCGUGCGCCAAGUUGUCGGUGAACUCAGUUGUGCCGUCAAAGUCGAAAGUGAAGAGCUUGAUGCAGGGGAUGUCGGCCGGCGGCCCUGUCGGCCACGCCUCAGGCCCGGCCUCGUUCACCUCCUCCCAUGACGCCCAGCCCCUUGCCGCGUAG